AGAACAAGUGUCAGACGAUGCACGAUUAAUAAAUGUUAUGAAUAGAUACAAUAUUGAGUCGACAAUUCAGGCUUUGUCGGAAACUGGAAAUACCAAGGAGGACCAGACCAAAAAGACUUUCUUUAUUCUGGUCGGAGUCACAGUAGCAGAGGCUCUCAUAAUCUCCGUUAUCAUUUAUGUCUCUCUCGUUACAAAGAAUAAAUACAAGAGAAAGCUUAAAGCAUCGAAUAUUAAACCUCUAGAUCAUGUUCAGCUUGAACAAUUAGAAGAAAAGACAGCCGCAAUACCAGGAAGUAAUAUGUACGCAAAAACGUACAACCCUCUUCUAAAUGCCAAAAUUGACAGCAAGAAGAUUUCUGGAGAUAUUGACAGCGACAGUGGACAAAGCGACGAUGUGGACAUGGAUGAUAACGAGGUGGGUGAAGCAGUAGACAGAGACACUGUUUAUGACAGAAUGGAAGAGAAGGAAGCUACCAUGGACUUGUACAACGAUGAUACCAGACAUGCCGUGUCGAGUGAGGAUUUGCUGGGAGCCACCCUACAACUCCAUGCUCAAAAUAAGUCUGUGGAGAGCCUGGAUCGAUUAGAUGCAGAUUCCACAUUCGAGACGCUGGAUUCAAGGGAUGCCUUUGCAUACAUCAAUGAAACUUACGAAGACAUGGAAAGCACGGAAAUUUGAUUAUUUUUUAAUUUACGUUUGAUAUGUUUAUUGCAGUGUUCAUAUAUAUAUAUAUAUUAAAAUGACACUCUAAUUCAAAAUCAAUACAUUCACAUGUAUGGCAACAUAAAUUUUGAGUGAUAAACCUUUCACUUUUUACAAAAUAAUGCAUUUAUGGAAAAUAUCAAAAUCUGACAACAAGAUAGUAACCUUGUAUUUUAUAGCUGAAAACGCAAAAAUAUUAAAUAAUUGGUGAAUGCUAAAAUAUAUAUAUACCGUCUCAUAAGGUAGAUUUACCGUGUUUUCUGCACCUUUCUUCCAAAUUAAAAUCGGUAUCAUUCAUAAGAACCAUUGUUAUCGAAAAUUAUUCAUCCUUUUAGUUAGAUUUAAACAUUUUUAUUCCUUGUGUUAAAUCUUAUUUGAGAGUAAGAGUGCAUCUUUAAGAUAUGCGAUUAAUUAGAUUUGUGUUGACAAAGGUGUGUGUGUGCGCGCUCGUGCAUGCGUGUGUGUGCGUGCGUACGUGCGUGUGUACGUGCGUGCGUGUGUGCGUGUGUUUUCAAUACAAAGAAUCGAUUAAUCACAAGUUAAUUAAUACCUUACACAAUUAUCACAUGAUAUUUUACCAUGAAGUUGCAAUUUUAACGCAUUCAGUAUAUGUAUAUAUUUUGUUGUACUUUUAUGUAUGCAAUAUGCAGACGACAAUAUAAGUAUUGUAGCAAUUUGUGUAACCUGCUAACCUGAACCAAGAAUGCGGCUAUGUCUAACUAUGCCAACUGUUUGUAUGUAUUUGUUAUUGUCAAUAUGGUGUUUUGCGUUCAUGUGUUUCUGCUAUGUGAUUAUCUCUUUGUUACGAAGAGAGCUUGUAAUAUGCAAUACAAACUGGAAAUUGCAAGGUUAAUGUGUUUGUCGAAAUUAUUACAAUAAGUAUCACUAUUAUCACUAUAAUUAGUAUUAAUUAAUAAAGUACGUAAACAGA